AUGAUCUCGCCCGCAAUUCGGGUGGCCCCCUCGGCCGCCAACCGUGCCCUCAACCUGCUGCGCACUGUGCAGUACACCCACCCGCCCACCUGCCCGUGCCACUCCAAUCCAAACCACCACCAUCACCAUCAGACCCCGUCCCUACUGAGCCAUGUGCGCCGUAACAUGGCCACGCCGAUCGACCCGGCCCGGGAGAAGGAGUAUGCCUUUGAGAUGGCCGCGUCCAGCAUCCGGUUCGGGCCCGGCUCGACCAAAGAGGUCGGCAUGGAUUUCAAAAACAUGGGCGCCAAGCGCGUGUGCAUCGUCACCGAUUCCAACGUCACCAAGCUGGAUGCUAUGAAGCAGGCUGUUGAGGGUCUCUCCCGUGAGGGCAUUGAGUUUACCGUGUUCGACAAGGUCCGCGUCGAACCCAAGGACAGCUCGGUGAAAGAGGCUAUUGCGUUUGCUAAGCCGUACAACCCGGAUGCUUUCCUCGCUGUCGGCGGUGGAUCCGUCAUCGACACGGCCAAGCUGAUGAAUCUCUAUACCGUGUUCCCCGAGGCCGACUUCCUCGACUUUGUCAAUGCGCCCUUGGGCAAAGGUCUCCCUGUGACCAAGCCUCUGCGCCCGCUCGUAGCCGUGCCAACGACCGCCGGCACCGGAUCCGAGACAACAGGCACAGCAAUCUUCGACCUAGUCUCCAAGAAGGCGAAGACGGGCAUCGCGCACCGCAACCUCAAACCCACGCUCGGAAUCUGCGACCCGCUCAACACGCGCACUAUGCCCUCGGCAGUGCACGCCUCAUCCGGCCUCGAUGUGCUCUGCCACUCGCUUGAAUCGUGGACCGCAAUCCCGUACAACGAGCGCACCCCACGCCCUACAAACCCCAUCAACCGCCCGGCCUACCAAGGCGCAAACCCCAUCUCCGACAUCUUCUCCCUAGAGGCCCUCCGUAGCACGGUCAAGUACCUCCCCCGCGCAGUCCGGGACCCGGACGACCACGAGGCGCAGUCGAACAUGCUCCUCGCUGCCACGCUCGCAGGCGUCGGAUUCGGCAAUGCAGGCGUACACCUGUGCCACGGCAUGAGCUACCCGAUCUCCAGCCAGAACCCCGGCUACAAGCACAAUGGCUACGAAGUCGAUUACCCGAUCAUCCCGCACGGCGUCUCCGUCGCGGUCACCGCGCCAGCCGUCUUCCGCUUCACGGCGGCCUCGAACCCAGACCGCCACUUGGCCGCCGCUGAAGCGUUUGGCGUUGAUAUCUCGAACGUGAAGCGCGAGAGUGCGGGCGAGGUUCUCGGCGCUGCGCUGGCCGAGUUCCUGAUAAAGCUGGGCGAUCAGCCGCGCGGGCUGAAGGAUCUGGGGUUCAAGAACUCCGAUGUCGAGGGCCUGGUGGAGGGAACAAUUCCGCAGCAGCGCGUGCUUAUGCUUGCGCCGACGCUGAGCAAGGAGCUGGAGGCUGAAAAGGGAGAGUUGAGGAAGUUGCUUGAGGAGUCGAUGGAUUACUAG